CAAGCGCGCAUCCCGUCCGCCAACAAGCAGCAGAAGCCCCCACGCACUUGCCCCGCUCCACACAGACCAAGCAUGUCAGAGCUGAACGUCAACGCCGCCAACGUCCGCGUGCUGGGCCACGUCUCGGACGAGUUCCGCCGCGUGCUGACGCCCGACGCGCUGCGCUUCCUCGCCUUCCUGCACGAGCAGUUCGAGCCGCGUCGCCAGGCGCUGCUGGCCGCGCGCGUGCAGCGCCAGAGGGAGCUGGACGCCGGCGUGCUCCCGGACUUCCUGCCGGAGACCGCGUACAUCCGCGAGGGCGACUGGAAGGUGGCGUCCAUCCCCGCGGACCUCGCUGACCGCCGCGUCGAGAUCACGGGCCCCGUGGACCGCAAGAUGGUCAUCAAUGCGCUCAACUCGGGCUCCAAGUGCUACAUGGCCGACUUCGAGGACUCGACGGCCCCCACGUGGUUCAACCAGGUGGACGGCCAGGUCAACCUCAUCGACGCCGUGCGUAAGACCAUCUCGUACACGCACCCGCAGACGGGCAAGAAGUACGCGCUCAACGACAAGGUGGCCACGCUGCUGGUGCGCCCGCGUGGCUGGCACCUGGACGAGGCACACGUGCUCGUGAACAACCAGAUCAUGUCGGGCUCGCUCUUCGACUUCGGCCUCUACUUUUUCCACAACGCCCACGAGCUGCUGGUGCGUGGCUCGGGCCCGUACUUCUACCUGCCCAAGCUGGAGCACCACCUGGAGGCCAAGCUCUGGAACGACGUGUUCGUGGCUGCGCAGGGCUACCUGAGCAUCCCGGAGGGCUCUAUCCGCGCCACCGUGCUCGUUGAGACCAUCGUGGCUGUUUUCCAGAUGGACGAGAUCCUGUUCGAGCUGCGCAACCACUCGUCGGGUCUCAACUGCGGCCGCUGGGACUACAUUUUCUCGUACAUCAAGAAGUUCCGCAACCACCCCAAGUUCGUGGUGCCGGACCGUUCGUCGGUCGGCAUGACCACGCCCUUCAUGGCUGCCUACGUGAAGCUGCUCGUCCGUACGUGCCACCGCCGUGGCGCCCACGCCAUGGGCGGCAUGGCUGCGCAGAUCCCUGUCAAGAACGACCCGGAGCUGAACAACAAGUUCAUGGCUGCUGUCAUGGAGGACAAGUCUCGUGAGGUGGCCGCCGGUCACGAUGGCACGUGGGUGGCCCACCCUGGCCUCGUCAAGAUCGCUCUGGACGCGUUCAGCAAGAUGUCGGGCCCGAACCAGAUCUCGUUCAUCCCCGAGGCUGGCAAGGAUAUUACUGCUGCUCAGCUGAUCGAGCCUCCGACGGGCGCCAUCACGUACAACGGCCUGGUAGAGAACAUCGACGUCUCCCUGGUGUACACGGAGGCGUGGCUGCGCGGCAGCGGCUGCAUCCCGCUCCACAACAAGAUGGAGGACGCCGCCACGGCCGAGAUCUCGCGUGCCCAGGUGUGGCAGUGGAUUCGUCACAGCUGCAAGACGGUGGAGGGCAAGACGGUGACCAAGGCGCUGGUGCUUGACAUUCUCAAGGAGUGCGUCAACAAGCGCUCGCUGAACGCCAACCCGGGCAACAAGUGGGCGCUAGGCGGUGAGAUCAUGGGCAAGGUGUUGACGGGUGACGACAUGGUCGACUUCCUCACGCUGCCGUGCUACCCGCGCAUUGUGCAGCUCGGCUCCAGCAUCUGAAGCUAGAGUCCCAUCGCUACAAAAAGCAUCCUGGCAUGCCAAGGACGAGCUGACUGAGCGAUCCGAGCAGUA